AACCACUGUGGGAAUUAUAGCAACUCACAAUAAUAUUACAACUGCUAACAUACACUAUUACUUCGAAAUGUUAAAUAUAACAAAUCCUUUGCAAUUAUAUCGAAUGGGGAGCUCCGGGUUCGACGUGCGUUUUAACCCUUUUAUUUGUGAUUGUGCAAUGUUCCCUAUAGCAGACGCUCUUAGAAGGUUCAGGCACAUGGAUCCAGACAACCCUUUAUUUUCAGUGACAUGUGGUUCUCCUUCAAGUCUUGAAGGAAUGAUGCUACGCCAAGUUCCAAAAAAUCAGUUUAAUUGCUCUGUUGAUGUGAAUUGCCCAAAAAAGUGUAUAUGUAACAAGACUGCAGCGCUUGACCUCGUGACCAUUCACUGUGAUGGAAAUUAUUUUGAAAAUGACAUUCCAAUGACAUGUCCAGAUGCUGAAAAGAUUAACAUCAAUAUUAAAUCUAACAAAUUGACAAAAGUCUCUUCCAGAGCAUAUCUUGGUAAUGUAUCACAAUUUGAUGUAUCUCAGUGUGCAAUUACAACCAUUGAAACAUCGUUUGUUGACAUGAUACAAAAUACCUCUUUCGAUGCUUUAUUAUUCAAUGACAAUGGACUUGAAACGAUACCAAAAUCGUUUAAAAACUUUAAUUUCAGCAAUGGUCAGGUCUUAGCUUUGGAUGGCAAUCCAUUUAAUUGUGAUUGUCAUACACGUUGGAUGAAAUCUUGGCUGCAUUCGAACAAAAAGCACAUUUUACGACAGAAUAACAUAAGAUGCGCAACUGGGCCAGGCAAAAACAAGCCAAUAGUUGAAGUACCAGACAAUUUGUUCAUUUGCCAAACUUUAACAGACACCGACGAAUUACUUAUUGUGAUUGGCUCAGUAAUAUUUGUCGCUCUUGUAUUUAUAAUAUUGUCUUAUAAAUCUAAAUAUAUACAAGUUUUCAUGAUAUCCCAUUUUGAUAUAUGCAAGUAUUGCUGCCGGAGGAGAAAACUACGCAAGUUGUUAUUCGAUAUCUUCAUUCCUCAUUCAUGUGAGGACGAUGAUGUCAUUAAAAAGAUUGUUGACUAUCUUGAGAACCACGAUCCACCAUAUAGUGUAUGUAUUGGUGAGAAAAACUUUAAACCAGGUCUAACAAUAUCUGAAAAUAUACUGGAUGCCAUUGAAUCCAGUCAAACAACUUUGCUUGUCAUUUCUAAUAAUUUCCUGAGAAGCACGUGGUGUAACAUGGAGUUUCGUGAAGCUCAUAUGAGGUUUCUGAGAGACAGAAAUAUUAAUAUGGUGUUAAUUGUGUUAGAGGAAUUAGACACCAAACUUAUUUGCAAGGAGUUAAAAAUUUACAUGGAUACGCAUGUUUACAUCCAGUACACAGACAACCAGUUUUGGGCUAAACUUCUGCAAAGCCUUCCCAUUAUAAUUGAUCCGUCUUUCACUGACGAAUCGCCGCUUUUUUCAAAUUAGAUCAGACACUUGACACCAAAAUAAACGCACAAGGAAGUUAUUUUAAGUACAGGGCAAAUUUAAUGAAUGCAUGCAGGAAAAUUGUAGCUUGAUGAAUAUUCUAGAUUAGAAUAUUAUUGUUUACUUACCAAUAAAUCAUUAAGGGUUUCUGAACAUGUAAGCAAACAUUUUAAUCAGACUGAAUAAGUGCCGUACUAUUUAAGACUACUAUGUGAAUAUAAACAGCUGUCUAUAUAAUUAUUAGAGUCUUGUAAGACAUAAAAAGUUUAAAGAACUUGGACAGGAGCGACUAUAUGUAGCGAUGUACAAUGUUUAUGUUUAUUGUUAUGUUGUGUUUUUGUUUUUUGUUUUUUUGUUUUUGUUUUGUUUUUUUUACGGCGCACCAACAUAAUUUACGUCAUAUGGCGCCGAAACAAGGAAGAUUAUUUUGGCUAACCUCGGUUGUUUUAAACUUAAAGCAACAUCAGAGAUUAAAACCGUCCCACCUCCUAGAGCUUAGAGAUGCCUUAACUGUUAAAGGCAACCUUUUAGCAACAUGAGGGAAAUAAGUUUCUAUAUAUUGUCUACCUUUUGAUCUCGUUGAUCUAAUAUUCAUGUUCUUCCUUAUGUCUUAAGAAUGAUUAUAAUAUUAAAAAAUUUGGUACAAACUAACCAGUCAUGCGCUUAACUAAUUGCUUAAGAACAUUUUAUAUAUACUAGUUUAUUAUACGUUGACAUAGGGUUUGACAUUAACGGAGAGGUUGUUUUGUCGUAUUCUUGUCAUCAUCAUGAUUUUGUUUGUUUAUGUGUAAAAGACAUGUUUAGCCAUUUGUUUGUGCGUUGUUUAUCCCUUUUCCUAUAUAGUCAGAAUCAUGUGACAAAUUAAUAAGCAACAUGACCUAUUUCAGUAAAAAACAGUUUUUUUUUUAUAUAUACAUAUACAUUUAUAUCAAAGACAUAUUGUUUAUAUUUGUUAUUGUUAUACAUGAUUAUGACAUAAGUCGCGCUAAACUUAAGCAAUAUCUGAAUUAUCAUUGUAGUUUCAAGGUCAUAUGACGACAUUCUAGGUAAACUAGUGGAGUAAGAAGUCAUGUACUCUUACAUGCAUUAUAACAUGAUAUUAGGCAAUGAGUUAAAAAAAUGCUUAUUACAUUGACAAUGGACAUACAUUGUUAAUACUGAUAUACUUGUUUAUUGUAUGCUUAAUAUGACUUGCUUAAACCUUUAAGAUUGCUCGGGUUGCUUUCUAUGAUCCUUUCAUAUGCAUGUAUAUUCAAUUAAGAUAUUUAAUUUGAUCAAUUUGAUUAAAAUUUUUACUCUUACUUUAAAACUUAUUGUUCUUAGUGUUCAAUAUAUUAAAGGAAUUAAGUAACACCAUGAGGCGACUGCUGCCGCGCUGUUUAAGCCGUUGAAUUUCAACAACUUGCCUCUAACCGCCAUGGAAUUGAGUCCUGCCAGAGACUUAACAAAGUUUUUUCGGGGUUUGACAUAUAUGUACUUUAGACUUUUCUCUAUAGUACAUUUUGCGUCCGAAAUAUAUCACGUUCCUUUGAACAUUUGUAAUUAGCUCAUCCAAAGUAAUAAAAAGUCU